CGUAUUUGCCCCAGCUCUUUCUUCCCUCUUUCUUCCUCUCUUUUCUCCAAAACCCCAAUUAUUGUUAUGACUCGUUGACUUGUCCUUCCUCUCUUCUCGCCGGAAAAACCCUUUCACCGGAAAACUCACCGUGCAAACUUUGCGGCUCAGGCUUCAGAUCCUCUUUACGCCCUUCUCCUUUUGCACAUAGUAUAUGGGGAAAACUAGGUGGUUGAUAUUGGUUACCUUUCUAUGCCUGUUUGCCUUUUCUGAUAGUAGAGAAUUCAAGGUUAGGCAUAGAAGGAAUUAUUACGAGUACAAUCAUACACUUGCUACAAUAUUAGUGGAAUAUGCUUCUGCGGUAUACUUGUCAGAUUUGACAGAACUUUUUACUUGGACUUGCUCUAGGUGUUAUGACUUGACCAAGGGUUUUGAAAUUAUAGAGUUGGUUGUUGACGUUGAGCAUUGCUUACAGGCGUUUGUUGGAGUGGCUGAGGAUCCUCAUGCCAUUAUCAUUGCAUUCAGAGGAACAAAUGAACGCAGCUUACAGAAUUGGAUUGAAGAUUUAUAUUGGAAGCAGCAUGAAAUAAAUUAUCCUGGCAUGGAUGAUGCAAUGGUACACCGUGGUUUUUAUACUGCCUACCACAAUACAACAAUUCGACCUGCAAUUUUAGAUGCCGUUGAAAGAGCAAAAAAGUUUUAUGGAGAUAUUCAAAUUAUAGCAACAGGACAUUCAAUGGGAGGGGCAAUGGCUUCAUUUUGUGGACUUGAUUUAACAGUAAAUCAACAUGCAAAAAAUGUUCAGGUUAUGACAUUUGGACAACCUCGUAUUGGCAAUGCUGCUUUUGCAUCUCUCUAUCACAAACUAGUUCCAAAUACAUUCCGAAUCACAAAUGACCAUGAUGUGGUUCCCCAUUUGCCUCCAUACUACUAUUAUUUACCACAAAAGACAUACCGCCACUUCCCGAGAGAGGUAUGGCUUUACAACAUUGGAUUUGGUAGUCUUGUGUACAGCGUUGAGAAGAUUUGUGAUGGAUCUGGUGAGGAUCCAACUUGCAGCAGGUCGGUGAGUGGGAAUAGCAUUACUGAUCACUUAACCUAUUAUGGCGUUGACAUGGGAUCAGAUACACCAGGAUCAUGCAGAAUUGUUAUGGAUCCUCAUAUUCAGAAUACUAGCAUAAAAGAUUCAAGAGGAAACUUUAUCUUGUCCAGAGAUCCUGCAACUCCCCUCAUCAAAUUGAGUAGAGAGAUCGACAAUCAGGAAAAUCCCAUUAAUGUUGAUUGAAGUGGGAUGGGAUAUAUCUUGCAUGAUAGGUUCCAGAGAUUUGCUGUGGGACCGUUAUACUAAAGAUUUUUACUUUCUUCACGGUCCUUCCAAAUGGCGUGGACCAUACAGUUGAAAUUUUUUAUUGAAAUUGGCUUCGAGGUGGAAGGAAUUUGUAUAGUCUUGAACUCUUGUAUAUGCCCAUCCUUGUGUAUAUGAUUAAUAAUUCUUGAUACUGUGUUAAGUGUACAAUUCACUUUCCAAUUCUACUGAAUUCCACACGACAUUUGGGGUAAUAAUUCUUCUACCCAUUUGACAUUUCCAUAGUUUUAUUUUAUUUUUUUGUUUCUCUUAUAUUUAAACUUAUUUGGAUUUUUUGUCCU